AUGUAUGAAUGGAGGCAGGUUAAAACAUUAAAAUAUCUAGGAGUGCACAUAGAUCCCAAUCUCAGUUGGCACCACCAUAUUAAUGAGCUGACCGCAAAAACAAAACAACGAAUAAACCAGAUUAAUUGGAUUAUGGGAAAGUAUUGGGGGCUAAAUCCAAGAAAUAGUACCCUCAUUUAUAAAACUGCUAUAGAACCGGCCUUACUAUAUGCUGUGCCGGUAUGGCAAGAAGCACUAGAUAAUAUACAUAUAAAGAAAAGAUUACUUUCGGUACAGAGGCAAGCUGCUAUUAAAAUCACUAAGGCGUAUAGAACGGCGCCAACAGAUGCUUUGCUGGCGAUAGCAGGCUUGACCCCUAUUCAUAUAACUGCUAAGUCCAAAGCCUGGCAAUGGAUUGUAACGAAUACGAGAAUAUGGGGAAAAACAACUGAAGAAAUAAACAAAAACAUUAGAAAUAAGCUUAUACCGAAGAAUAUAAAAGAAAUAUCAGAAAAUAUAUUAACAACCGAAAUUGACAAGAUUGACAAUAGUAUUAGCUUGGAAAUUCACCCAGCAGAAAGCAUGAAAAUCAAAGUUAGCUUAGAAUAUGAAAAUAAAAAGGACAAGGACUAUCAGUGGUUAGUUUACACUGACGGGUCUAGGCAAACAGAAGGAGCCGGUGCUGGAAUCUACAUCACAAAAACAAAUUCAAAAGUUAAAACUUAUCAGGCUAACUUUAAAAUUGCAAACCACUGUACCAUAACACAGGCGGAAUUAUGGGCUAUUUACAAAGCAUUGAUACAUAUAAGAACAAACCUGGAAACAUACAAAGGUAGUAUAAAAUUUUAUAUUGAUAGUAGAGUAGCACUGCAGACACUAAGGAAGGAAAAGAACAUCCCAUUACUGGCAGUAGAAAUUAUUAGAGAGGCCCAUAAAAUUGCGGAUAACAAUAAUUUGUUCUUCAGUUGGAUACCGGCGCACCAAGGAAUAAAAGGAAAUGAAAUGGCAGACUUUUUAGCUAAAAGGGCAGUUACAUCGGAUUCGAAAAUAACAUAUAAAAGGAUACCAAUGAAAGAGUUAAAGAAACAAAUGAGGAAUUGGGAAGUUACAACCUGGCAGAAGGAAUGGGAAAAUUCUACCACAGGUAGACAUUGCUUCCAAUUUUUUCCAAUUAUCAAGGAUAGACUCCGCAACAAACAUUAUAAAAUUAGUCAUGAAACUACCCAGAUUCUGACUAAUCAUGGUAGCUUUCAAGCUUAUUUAUAUAGAUUCAAAAUAUCAAGGAGAAAAAAUUGUGAUUGUGACGAGGAAAGCGAAGGAGAUGCGAAUCAUCUACUUUUUGACUGUAAAAAAUACGAGCAAAGCAGACAACAAUUUUUUAGACAAUGCAUGUUACAUGGUAUAAGGUGGAGAACAGAUCAACAUAGAAUAAUUAACAAUAAAGAAGUAUGGGAAAGCCUGGAACAGUUUAUAACUAAAACAGGAACCCUAUUACCAGACUAUAGCAAAACCAAAGCACAAAAUACAGUCCAAAGUCAACAAAGCAGCGGUGCAGUAGCAGAAAGUGAUCUAAGUGACAACCAAGACAACGACAGAGAAAUUAACAGCGCCAGUGAAGAUACUGAAGACAGCGAGUGA